AUGGCCACGACAAAACAAGAAAAAGUAUUAUGUUUUCGAGUUAUCUUGACAAUCUUUUAUAUUUUUCUGGUACUGGCUGCUGUCUAUGAUUUAAAACAAUUUUCCUUUCAUUUACAUUAUUCUCGGUUAGAUCGUGUCCCUUAUACAAUGGGUGACGAUCCCAUAUCUCAUACAAUUUUUUUUUCGCUUACAAUGGGUAUCCUUGGCAGUUUAUUAAUAAUAUCAUUUGUUAUAGCCAUCAUAUACGGUCUAUGGCAGCUUAAAACAAGAGUAAUUAUGAUAUCCUGCUCAGUUCUUUUGGCGAUAUUCAGCGUAAGAUUUAUAAUUAAUAUUAUAACCAAUACAAAAAAUAAUGGUCGUUCAAGUCAAGCAUUAGCAUUUUUUAGUGUAUUCUCCUACGCUUCAGGAGAUAGUCUUGUUGAAGAAAAUUUUGGUUUAUUAUUCGAUUUUCUUUAUCGUUCUACGAUUGUAUUAGCUACAUUUUACAUACAUUGCUGUAUUGAUCACAAAUCCAGCAGUAAUAAUAGAAGUACAAAUGCCCCAAUAUAUACACCACUAGAAUUCCAGAACACGUUACCUGAUGUGGAAACUACGACAAACAUUAAUGUGUACUCAGAUUUGACAAUUAUUGAUCGAUAA